AUGCCUUCCUCUCCUGUGUCAGGGCAAACAGGAGCGCCCCUCCCCGGGGCCAGCGUGGUUUUGGAAGCCGUGAAGGCCAAAGUGCAGCGGUGGGGCCAGCGGAGCUGCCUCUGGCUGUUGGCAGGGUUGUACAGAUGGUGGCCCACCUGCCUGACCCCUCCUUUCCGUUACAGGCUGCUCUUUGGGAUGCUGUAUCCUGCCUACGCCUCCUACAAGGCUGUGAAAACAAAGAAUAUCCGGGAAUACGUGCGCUGGAUGAUGUAUUGGAUUGUGUUUGCCCUAUUCAUGGCUACGGAAACUGUGGCAGAUACCUUCAUUUCCUGGUUUCCCUUCUACUACGAGAUCAAGAUGGCCUUUGUAGUGUGGCUCCUAUCUCCUUACACGAGGGGGGCAAGCCUGCUGUACCGCAAGUUCAUACAUCCUACACUGUCUCACAAGGAGAAGGAAAUCGAUCAGUUCAUUGUGCAAGCCAAAGAGCGUGGCUACGAGACCCUUGUGAGCUUUGGGAAGAGAAGCCUUAAUGUGGCGGCCACAGCUGCUGUCCAAGCUGCAGCAAAGAGUCAGGGCGCCCUGGCUGGCCGACUGCGGAGCUUCAGCAUGCAGGAUCUGACUUCGAUUCCCGACACAAGCCCGGUUCACUUUUCGGACCCCCUUUACCUGGAGGAGCAGGAGCAGCGGCGGCCAAGAACUGCAACUCGCCCUCUCGGACACAGGACCGCUACCCGACAGGUGGAGUACGAGAGCAAUGAGGAGGACUGCUGGUCAGAUUCUCAGCUCUCCCCUGGGUCCAAAGCCCGCAGCAAGGAGCCUUUAAUUUCCAAGCCGCUGUCUAGGACUCAGAGCCUUCGGCUGGUGAAGAGGAAGCCUUCGGCCAAGGAGGGUUCUACUAGACUGGUGAGAAGCCGCCCAAGAAAGAAGGUGGUGGAUGAGGACAGCUAGGCCACUUCAGAGAACCCUCUUGGACAAAUGAACUAGCACAUGGAAUGGGAGGGGGGUUCUAA